AGACGCGCAACCGAGCCCCUCUUCAACCACAAAACGCACAUUCCUCCUCCCCUCACUCAACUCACCCUUCCCCAACAAGCAUGAUGGAUCCUCGCCUCUCCUCUAAGGAAGCCAGUGUGCUCCAUGCCGCCGCUGUCACACGCAACUAUGCCAUCGAACCCCGUCUCGAUUACCGCACGGUCGCCGGUGUCAACGGUCCCUUGGUUAUGCUCGACAAUGUCAAGUUCCCCAAGUUCUCUGAGAUUGUAGAACUCACUCUCCCCGAUGGCACCAAGCGCGCUGGUCAAGUCCUGGAGGUCCAGGGCAAGCGUGCUGUCGUUCAGGUCUUUGAGGGCACGUCAGGAAUUGAUGCCAAGCAGACACACGCUGAAUUCUCUGGCGAUGUGUUGAAAAUGCCCGUCUCCGAGGACAUGUUAGGACGUGUUUACAACGGAUCAGGAAAGAGUAUCGACAAGGGUCCCAAGGUCUUUGCGGAGGACUACCUUGAUAUCCAAGGCUCGCCCAUUAACCCUUAUUCCCGUAUCUACCCCGAGGAGAUGAUCCAGACCGGUAUCUCUGCCAUUGAUACCAUGAACUCUAUUGCUCGUGGUCAAAAGAUUCCCAUUUUCUCUGCCGCUGGUCUUCCUCACAACGAGAUUGCUGCCCAGAUUUGCAGACAGGCUGGUUUGGUCAAGAAGACCAAGGGUGUGUUCGAUGAUCACGAGGAUAACUUUGCCAUUGUGUUUGCGGCUAUGGGAGUCAACAUGGAGACUGCUCGCUUCUUCAAGCAGGAUUUCGAGGAGGAUGGUUCGAUCGAACGUGUGACGCUGUUCCUCAACUUGGCCAACGACCCGACAAUUGAGCGUAUUAUUACUCCUCGUCUGGCUUUGACCACUGCAGAGUACUAUGCCUACCAGCUGGAGAAGCACGUCCUAGUCAUCUUGACGGAUAUGAGUUCCUAUGCCGAUGCGUUGCGUGAAGUCUCUGCUGCUCGUGAGGAGGUUCCUGGUCGUCGUGGUUAUCCCGGUUAUAUGUACACUGAUUUGUCGACCAUUUAUGAGCGUGCCGGUCGUGUCGACGGCAGAAACGGUUCCAUCACUCAGAUUCCCAUUCUGACCAUGCCUAACGAUGAUAUCACCCACCCUAUUCCUGAUUUGACUGGAUUCAUUACUGAGGGUCAGAUCUUUGUGGACCGACAGAUGCACAACCGUCAGAUUUACCCACCCAUCAACGUCUUGCCGUCGCUGUCGCGUCUGAUGAAGUCCGCCAUUGGUGAGAAGCUAACACGCAAGGAUCACGGAGAUGUUUCCAAUCAGUUGUACGCCAAGUAUGCUAUUGGUCGUGAUGCCGCAGCCAUGAAGGCAGUCGUCGGAGAGGAGGCCCUGAACCAGGAGGACAAGCUUAGUUUGGAGUUCUUGGAGAAGUUUGAGAAGACUUAUAUUGCGCAAGGCAACUACGAGUCGCGAUCUGUAUUCGAGUCGCUUGACCAAGCUUGGUCGCUGCUCCGCAUCUUCCCUAAGGAGAUGCUGAACCGUAUCCCCCAAAAGCUGCUUGCGGAGUUCUACCAGCGUGACCGUAAGGGUCGUGGUCGCCAUGGCAGCAGAGACGAUGGCGAGGCAGCAGCGCCUGAGGAUGAGGGCGAUGAUGACAACUAGAGUGUCUGUGCACAUAUAUGAGGAUGAUAUGAGAGAAGGAGCUGAAGAAUGGAGGCUAUCGAAACAAAGCAGCAGUACUGGAAUAUCUUGACAAUGAAAAUUGUAAUCGAAAGCGAAUAAAAAAGAAAACUUUCAAGGGGACAGGUCCAUGCGUGCAUCGAUUGUGGUGGAGAAGAGCAUUGUCGCUUCGCGUGACAUGGCACAGCGUG